GACAUGGAUCUUGUGUGGGCAAGGCAUCCCAGUGAGGGUUUUGUCUUGGGCAGAAUUUGUGAAAUUUUGGGAGAUGAAGUUGAAAUCAGUCCAAUUGAUUUAAAAUUUCCAAAGAUGACAAUACCCUACGCUGAUAUAUUUCCUACCUCUAAGGAGGACAUCAACAGAGAUUUCGAUGAUAACUGUGAAAUGAUGUUUCUCAAUGAAGGAUCUCUAUUGAAUAAUGUAAGAACGAGGUAUUAUAAGAAUAAAAUAUACACCUAUGUCGCAAAUAUAUUGAUAGCUGUAAAUCCCUACAAAGAAAUUCCAUCCCUGUAUUCCAAAGAAACAAUGAAGAGUUAUCAGGGCAGAUCUCUUGGUGAAAGACCACCGCAUGUGUUCGCGAUAGCCGAUAAAGCUUUCAGAGAUAUGAAAGUUCUUAAACAAUCGCAAUCCAUAAUAGUAUCAGGUGAAUCUGGUGCGGGUAAAACAGAAUCGACGAAACAUCUUUUGAUUUACUUGUGCGACAUGUGGGGGGCUCACGCAGGUCCUAUAGAGCAAAAAAUACUAGAUGCGAAUCCUGUUUUAGAAGCCUUCGGUAACGCCAAAACCACCAGGAACAACAACUCGUCGAGAUUCGGGAAAUUCAUUGAGGUUCACUUCGACAAGAAGUUUCAAGUGGUAGGAGGACAUAUUUCCCACUAUCUUCUUGAGAAAUCAAGAAUUUGUUCCCCAAUUGGCGAAGAAAGAAGCUAUCACAUUUUCUAUAUGUUGAUGGCAGGAGGACCAGAAGAUUUGAGAAAGCAGCUUUUCCUAACGAAACCGGAUGAUUUCAAUUACCUCAAAAAAGGUUGCACAAGGUUUUUCACGAACAGCCGCAGUGAAAAAACUCUAUCUGCAAAUCAGAAGAGUGCGGAUCACCUAAAGAACGGCCCUUUGAGGGAUAUACUCCUAGACGAUGUGGGCGAUUUUCAAGUUCUAGAUGAAGCUCUCGAUAGACUAGGUUUGAGCCAAACCGACAGAUUCGAUAUUUAUAAAACUGUUGCUGCAGUACUUCAUCUGGGUAAUAUUGAAUUCGAAGAUGAUUCAGAUGAUAGGAGAGGUGGCUGCAGAGUGGCCCAGAACAAAGGAAACAGUUUGAAUAUUGCUUCCAAGUUGUUGAACAUUGAUCCUACAGAUCUCAGACAAGCUUUGGAAUCCAGGGUGAUGCAAAGUACACGUGGAGGCUUGAAAGGAACCGUCAUUAUGGUUCCACUGAAGGUACAAGAAGCGAUCAAUGCAAGGGAUGCCCUAGCAAAGGCCAUUUAUAGCAACCUCUUUGAUCACAUAGUGUCUUGUAUAAACCAAAGUAUUCCAUUCAAAGCAUCCAGUUAUUAUGUUGGCGUACUGGAUAUUGCAGGUUUUGAAUUCUUCACCGUUAAUAGUUUCGAACAGUUCUGUAUUAAUUACUGCAACGAGAAACUACAACAAUUCUUCAACGAAAAGAUUCUCAAGCAUGAGCAGGAUCUUUAUAAGAGAGAAGGUUUGAGUGUUCCAGAAAUUUCUUACAUUGACAAUCAAGACUGCAUAAAUUUAAUCGAAGCUAAAUCCAAAGGUAUACUCACUCUCUUAGAUGAAGAAUCCAAACUUCCCAAGCCGUCAUAUGUUCAUUUCACAAAUGAAGUGCACAAAAACUGGCCCAAUGAAUUCAGAUUGGGACUGCCUAGAUCGUCGAAAUUGAAACUACAUAGGAAUUUGAGGGAUGAUGAAGGAUUCUUGAUCCGACAUUUUGCUGGAGCCGUUUGUUAUCAAACGAUACACUUCAUCCACAAAAACAACGAUGCCCUGCACGCUUCCUUGGAAAGUAUAAUUCAAGAAAGUAAAAGCAACCUCAUACAAAAGUUAUUCUCUAACUCAAUGGCUCAAAAAGGGAAGCUAACGUUCAUUAGUGUAGGUAACAAGUUUAAAACCCAGUUAUCUGAACUUAUGGAAAAAUUGAAAUUGAAUGGUACUAAUUUCAUUCGAUGUAUAAAACCUAAUAAUAAAAUGGUAGAUAAUCAGUUCGAAGGUGCUCUAAGUUUGAUGCAACUCAAGUGUUCUGGUAUGACCAACGUUUUGGAACUUAUGGAGCAUGGAUAUCCGAGCAGAACCGAAUUUGCUGAUUUGUAUAACAUGUACAAGGAAUAUCUUCCGAAGGAAUUGGCAGUUUUGAAACCGAAAAUUUUCUGCGAAGCGAUGUUGCACAGUCUAAAUCUGCACGAGAAGGAUUAUAAAUUUGGCAUCACAAGAGUGUUCUUCAGGCCAGGAAAGUUUAGUGAAUUCGACCAAAUUAUGAAAUCAGAUCCAGAAAACUUGAGACAAAUGAUUGGAAAAAUAAAAAAAUUCCUUGUCAAAUCUCGUUGGCUGAAAUGCCAGUUCGGAAUUUUAGCUGUUAUCAAGAUAAAAAAUAUAAUGAAAAACAGAAUCUGUUCCAUCAUCUUGAUACAGAAACAGGUAAGGGGUUAUUUGGUCAGAAGACGUUACGGACCAAAAAUAAGAUUGACUCGGCAAUUGAAGAGCUUGGAUAAGAGGCUAGCUAGCAUCCAAGAUAACUCCGUUCAAAUUAAAAGUCGAGAAAAUAUCGAUAAGGCUGUUCAAAGAAUGAAAGUCGAUAUAACUUCCACACUGCAACGUAUUAAGACUGACCAAAAACUAACCGAAACGGAUUGCACCAACAUCUUCAACAAAUUUGAAAAUGAUGUAGAUGUACUGAGGAGAGAAGUACAAAGAAAAUUAGAAGAACAGAAAAUGGCAGAGGAGCAAGCUAGACUGAAAAAAAUUCAGGAACAAAUGGAGAGGGAGAAAAAACAGAGAGAAGAAGAACAAAGGAAGAAACAAGAAGAGGAGGAAAUGAGAAAAAUGAAAGCUGAAUUGGAAAUUCAACGAAAGAAAGCGGAAGAGGAAAGAAAAAAGCAGGAAGAGGCAGAAGCCAAGCUAGCUCAGGAACAUAAGGAACGACUUGAAAAAGAAGCUCUAGAAGAAAAACUAUAUUUGGAACGUGUAGAACAAGAAAGGCAGGAUCAUGAGCUGGCUUUCAGAUUAGCACAAGAAAGUGAUGGUCAGUUAGAAGAAAGUCCACCCUUGACUAGGAACAGUGGAGUGGAUUCUGCUAGGCAGUCCUUCAAACUCAACAGGUCAGACGCAGUUAAAAAUCAACAGGCAGCUCUCAGUAAAGGUAAAUACGAUUUAUCGAAAUGGAAAUACUCUGACUUGAGGGAUACCAUAAAUACGUCAUGCGAUAUCGAUCUCCUCGAAGCUUGCCGUCAUGAAUUCCACCGCAGAUUGAAGGUUUACCAUGCUUGGAAAGCAAAGAACCAAAGACGUAGUAUUAUGAAUGAAAACGAAAGGGCGCCAAGAUCAGUGAUGGAAUCUGCCAAUAAAACUCCUAGACUUCAACCAAAAAUGAACAAGGAUGAUAAUUACAAACAGAGAUAUUUCCGUAUACCAUUUACGCGGGGUGAUCCGAAUAAGAAAGGAUUUUGGUUUGCUCAUUUUGAUGGUCAAUAUGUGGCAAGACAAAUGGAAUUACAUCCAGAGAAAGUUCCGGUUUUAUUAAUAGCAGGCAAGGAUGAUAUGCAAAUGUGCGAACUAUCUUUGGAAGAAACUGGACUAACAAGAAAGAGAGGAGCUGAAAUUUUGGAGAGCGAAUUUGAGAAGGAAUGGUCCAAAAACGGCGGUAAACCUUAUUCGAAACCAUCUGAUAGGAAGAAAUGAGAACUUUCAAAUUUUGAUACAUCGGAAAAUUGUUGCAUAGAAGGAAUUAAUAGAUUAGUGGUGAUAAAUCAUAUGCAUUGUAUUUAAUAUAACUUUGGAAAUAAAUAUUACUGUUGAAAUUA